ACACCUAAUUUUCAACCCUUGAUUCUCUCUUGUCUAGUUGAAACUUUUUUGUUGUCAAUGUCGACAGUGGUGUUCUGUAUCGCCUGCACGCCAGAGCCCUAGGAGCGGUGUAAUGAAUGUGGAUCUAUCCGUCUUGUUCCAGUGGGGCGCUUUAAUCGCCGGGCAUAUUCUAGUAGCGAUACUGACACGGUCCCGCAGUGAAGGCUGCGCGUGAGUAAGCGACUAAAGUGCAACUGCUACCAGAAUGCGGGCACUCCUCAGAGUCCUAAAUCCCCUGCUUUUCCUAAUGCUCUUCGGAUUAUAUCCGUCAAUGACCAUCGGACCCAAGGAGGGCUGGCAGGUGUACAGCUCGGCCCAGGAUGCGGACGGGCGGUGCAUCUGCACCGUGGUGGCCCCCGAACAGAACCUCUGCUCCAGAGACGCCAAGAGCAAGCAGCUCCGUCAGCUGCUGGAGAAGGUACAAAAUAUGUCACAGUCGAUAGAAGUGCUGAACUUGCGAACACAAAGGGAUUUUCAGUAUGUCAUUAAAAUGGAAAAUCAGAUGAAAGGACUGAGGACAAAAUUCAGGCAAAUUGAGGACGACAGAAAAAGUGUAAUGACCAGAAAUUUUCAGGAGCUUAAGGAAAAGAUGGAUGAACUUCAGCCUCUCAUCCCUGUUCUGGAGCAGUACAAAACAGAUGCCAAGCUAAUCUCACAGUUCAAAGAGGAGAUCAAGAACUUGUCUGCAGUGCUGACCGCGAUCCAGGAGGAAAUCGGGGCUUAUGACUACGAGGAGCUGCAUCUGAGAGUUAUAAGUCUGGAGAGCAGGCUGAGGAACUGCAUGAGCAAACUAACGUGUGGAAAAUUAAUGAAAAUCACUGGACCUGUAACAAUAAAGACAUCAGGGACGAGAUUUGGGGCAUGGAUGACUGAUCCAAUGGCAACUCAAAGAAACAACAGGGUAUGGUACAUGGACGGUUAUACCAAUAAUAGGAUAGUUCGUGAGUACAAGUCAAUGGCUGACUUUGUAUCCGGGGUGGAGUCACGAACCUACAACCUUCCUUUCAAAUGGGCUGGGACCAACCACGUGGUCUACAAUGGCUCCCUGUAUUUCAACAAGUAUCAGAGCAACAUCAUUGUCAAGUACUUCUUUGAGACGGGACUGAUCCUGGCCCAGCGAGCUUUGGAGUACGCCGGUUUCCACAAUGUCUACCCUUACACCUGGGGAGGUUUCUCAGACAUCGACCUCAUGGCCGAUGAGCUGGGCCUGUGGGCCGUGUAUGCCACCAAUCAGAACGCAGGCAACAUCGUCAUCAGCCAAUUGGAUCCUCAGACCCUGGAGGUUGUGAAGACCUGGAAUACCGAGUACUCCAAAAGGAAUGCCGGGGAGUCUUUCAUGAUCUGUGGAACACUGUACAUUACCAAUUCCCACCUGACUGGGGCCAAAGUCUACUAUUCAUAUUCCACUAAGACCUCCAGCUACGAGUAUACGGACAUCCCCUUCCAUAACCAGUACUUUCACAUCUCCAUGCUUGACUACAAUGCCAGGGAGAGGGCCCUCUAUGCCUGGAACAACGGCCACCAAGUGCUGUUCAACAUCACACUUUUCCACAUCAUCAAAACGGAGGAUGACUCUUAAUCCACUGGAGAGGGAGCACCUUCAUUUGCAAUGAAGGAGUUUUUGUAUCCGUUUAUGUUCAUCCAAAGUGGACAGUAAUGACAUUUGUUGCUUCUAAAAAGAAUUGCCUUUUGUAUGUUUGUUUCAGAAUAUAUCAAAUUUAACCCGGGACCCAAUUGCAAUACAAUCUUGUGACGAGAAUUACAUGUUACAUUUACUCUUUUUGUACCCAUAGCUGCAAAAAUAAAUAUGCCUUAUUUGCUGUAUUUAGUUAUGAGAGCCAGAGGCUUUCAACCAGCUUUGGUGCAUGAAUGUCAAACAUACAUACUGUCAGCAGUAAUUCAUUAUACAAUAUCUAGGUAUAUUUUGGUCAUAAACAUGUGUUUUUUGUACUGUUUCCUUGUAAUGUUGGUUUAACAUUUUUAUUUUGAGGCAUUGAGCUAUUCUUUUCUUAACUUGCCUGGGCAUUUAAGUAGAUGAAGGAUUCUUCUAAAGAUAAAAUGUCUUAAACCACUGCAGUAAUCAAUAUAUGUUCCUGUGAGAGUGAACUUGUUAUUUUUUAUAAAAUACUAUGAAAUUUAAA